AUGUCCGACCAAAGUGCAUUGAAAAAACGCAAGGUGUCCGAGGAACAGGAAGAUCUGAAGGCUGAUUUGGCUCCUAUCGCAAACCUUCUCAUCAAACGCCUCUCCCCGAAAGCAAAACUACCCACCCGUGGAUCCGCGCUCGCUGCGGGAUAUGAUCUGUACAGCGCGGAGCGAAAAAUCAUCCCGGCGCGUGGCAAGGCCCUCAUUGACACGCAAAUAUCCAUAGCGGUACCUGCUGGGACUUACGGUCGUGUGGCCCCUCGCAGCGGUCUAGCGUCGAAGUUCAUGAUCGACACAGGUGCCGGUGUUAUUGAUGCUGACUACCGUGGUGUCGUCUACAUCCUUCUCUUCAACCUUUCGGACCAAGACUUCCAAGUUGAAGAAGGGGACCGCAUAGCCCAGCUUAUCUUAGAGAGGAUUAUGACGCCCGACGUCCUUGAAGUCCAGGAUCUGGACGAGACGUUGCGUGGUGGCGGAGGUUUUGGCUCGACCGGAGGCCACACUGCGCUCUGA